CCCCAUUACUCCUUCUCACUCAUCUCUCCUCUCUCAACCCUCCCCCUCCCUUCUUCCACGCAUUUCCCUUCUCCCCCAUUCCUUCUACGCCAUUUCUCUCCCCCCUCACUUCUUCUGCGCCAUUUUCCCCCUCUCUCCCCCUCCCUUCCUCUAUGCCCGUGUUCAUGAAUAAUUCAUCCUCACAAAACCUACCUUCUCUUAUGUAUGUGUUCUUCAGUCCAUGUAUAAUUCAUCUUUCUUUUUAUUUAUUUCUCACAAAACCUACCUUCUCUAUUUUUCUCUUACUGCAAGUGGACCUUCGAGCAAGGGUCGGCCCUUUCAGUCACACCGACACCCUCUAGUAAUCCAUCCUCCUAAAUUUAACACAUUAGCAGGAGCCAACUUCUUUCCCUCUGGUUGUUUACCUCUAUGUAAUAACAGUGGGUAUAUAUACGGGGCAAGCAAUUUCUCUUCAUCCGAACGAUUCCUUGCAGUUUGGUUAGGAAGAGGCGGCCGAGCUAUGACAUUAUUAAGAAUUAUAUAUGUUGUUUAUCUCUAUAAUAUUAGUUCUUGUAAUAGUCACUUUGUAAAGUAAUGUUCUGUUGUUUUUAUAUUCAGUAUGUAAAUGUAUUUAGAAUGUAAAAUUGAAAGUGUCCUAGAAUGUACUUCCUAAAUGCUUCUGUUUAUUGAUGAAUAUGUAUUUCAUAAUUUUAUCUAAAAUGUCCAUAGAAAAAUAUUGUUUGUGUAUGAUUUAACAAGAUUUGUUCACAUAA